UAUGUAUUUUUUGGUCACCCGCACUCUUUGUUUUGCGUUUAUCACCAAUCAACAGCAAAAAGGAGUAGUUUAUGUGGGCAGAAUAUAAGAUAUAUUACAUUGAAACACAACGUUGACUGAUUAGAAAUAUUAUAAAUGAACAAAAAGAGUCAAUACAAUUGUUGAAAUGCCCACUAGAAGCGCACAGGAAGAAUACCCAACUUGGAUUGGUUUUGUGUUUGUGUUCAACCUCAUCGUCGGAACUGGUGCUCUAACGCUUCCAUCUGCCUUCAGCCACGCAGGAUGGCUGCUGGGAACGGUGCUGAUUGUGGUGCUCGCCUUUGCGAGCUACGUAACGGUAACUUUUGUGAUCGAAACGAUGGCCUGUGCCAACGCCAUCCAGAACUGGAAGCGACUACAGUUCAUCAAGCGGGAUCGUGUCAUCGAACACGACGAGGAUAGUAACGUGGAAAUGAUGACGGAGCCGCUGCUGCUGGAUGGAAACGGCGCGAUAGAUGAUCAGCUAACGGAUGCAGGUAUCGAACAAACCCCGCUCAAUAUCAUGUACUCCCGGAAUCAGUAUUACAGCCUAUCGUCGAAGAUUGAACUGGGGGAAAUGGCUAAUCUGUUCUUUGGUGGCGUGGGGAGAUUUUUGUUUUACUUUUGCUUGGCAGUGUAUCUGUAUGGGGAUUUGAGCAUCUAUUCGGCGGCUGUUGCAAAAAGUUUGAGAGAUGUUAUUUGCGCUCACAAUCAUUCUAUGAAUGCAACUGACAGCGAUGAUGUGACUACUCGUUGCUGGGAAGACAGCAUCCUUUCCCGAUUUGACAUCUACCGGCUGUGUUUGGUUUUGUUUACCGGCAUCCUGGGGCCAUUUGUCUUUUUUAACGUGCAGAAAACCAAAUACCUACAACUGGUGACGGUUCUGUUCCGAUGGCUGGCAUUUUCGGUAAUGAUCAGCAUAGCUAUUCAUCGACUGUUCGCACAACAAUCGGAUCCACCGAUAGUGCCCAAGCGGGCUGAUAUCAACGGGAUUCCAUACCUGAUUGGCACCUGUAUUUAUUCGUUUAUGUGUCACCACUCGUUGCCCAGUUUACUGACACCGAUCGCCAACAAGCAGAAAGUCAAGUCACUAAUAUCAAUGGAUUAUUUCCUAAUAUGCGCGUUCUAUCUGUCACUGGCCCUAACUGGCAUAUUUGCCUUCAGCGACAUCAAAGAUUUGUACACGCUGAAUUUUGUCCCGAACUCGGACCAGGACAGCGGUUUCUUGAAAGCAAUCGAAUACUUCCUGGCGCUGUUUCCGGUGUUCACAUUGUCAACCAGCUUCCCGAUAAUUGCCAUAACACUGCGCAGCAAUCUGCAGACGCUGUUCCUCGACACGAAUCAGUUGGAUUCGUAUAAUUUUUUCCUGCGUCGUGUGUUCUUCCCGCUACUGGCGAUUCUACCGUCCAUCACGGUCUGUUUUUUCACCGAAAGUGUUAUUUCGCUGGUUGGGUUUACCGGGUGCUACGCCGGAACCGGGAUACAGUAUUUGAUUCCAAUAUUUCUAGUUUUCCGGGCAAGACAAACCUGCGAGAGUAUGAUCGGUCGUGGAAUCGUAAACGACUUUCGUAGUCCCUUCAAGGGAAAUCUGUGGUUGUUUCUGGUAUUUGGCUGGACCGUGACCUGUCUGGUGCUGGUGACAAUCGAUCUGAUAAAGUAGGCAGACAAAUGCACACGAUAGGAUGGUAUUGCCGUCUAGAACACGUACGAGACUGAACAUUGGAGCAACCGAUUUCUGAAGUUAUUUUCUCCAAAUAUUAGUUUUAGGAUUGGGAGAUAAUUGUGCAAGGGGGAUAUCAGCGUAUGUGAUUGAGGUUAUGAUGACAGUCGCGUUUUGUGUUUUUAUCCCAGACUUCCACAAACAAAGUUUGCCUCAAGUUUUUUUUUAUCGUUUUCUACGGAAAUUCCGUAUCCUGUUUAACCGGAAAUAAAUCAGGGUAUGGGAGGUUAUAAUUUUGACAGCACAUAUUUCAAAAUUAUCCAUCAAUGAACAGAAAGAGAAUCAAACUAUUUUACAAUAUUUACUAGAUGGCAAGAGUAAUGAACGUCGACAAACUUUGAAUCAAAAAAUGACUGUAGAUCAAGUGUCGUUUGCUAACGGUGUAGAUUUAGGUCGUAAACUCUAAUGAAAUAGCUGCAAUCGUGUAGAAACGCGACUCCAGAAAUAAAUCAAUGAUUUGCAACCAUUAAAUAA